AGACUUGUAAGCUGCAGAGAGAAGACAAGUAGUGCCUAAGAGAUAGGAGGCUGAGUGAGAGGGACACACUAUGGCAGCUACCAGUGACCGGUCACCACGCAGCUUGCCUCCAGCUCCAUGCACCUCGGGGACAAGCUUUGCAGAGUUUUCCAUGAGAGAGAAACUGAAAGCUGCACGGUCUAAAGCAGGAAGUGCUCUUUUGCAAGAAGCCUCAGGUCCUCAUCUGCGGUCCCUGAAAAGCCUCAGAGAGAUGAAAGCACAAACUGGUUUGGAGAAUGAGACAGAUGAAGGUGAACUGAGUGCAACAGAAGAGAAUAAAUGCAAGGUGUCAGCAAGAGUAAAGUUCCAUGAUUCUGUCAGAAAAGUCAAGCAAAAAUCACAGGCUAGUUAUCCUUCUUCUGAAGAAGCCUAUAACUUCUUCACUUUCAAUUUUGGUCCUGAACCAGAGAAUGUUGUGGGUGAAAUGCAAAACAAGACUAAGGGCGUGUUGAAUCUAGAUGGCAAGGAGAGGGAAAAUCAGGAAUCUGCACUCAGCCCCCGAGAAGAACAAGAAGAAAAUGAAAUGGAUGAAGAGGAGCAUCUUGUUCAUGAAAAAGAGGAUGAUGACCUAUUCCUUAUAGAACACACAGCCCUGGACUUCCUAGUGACUAGACCUGCAGCAUAUGAAAGCUACUCUGCUCGCAUGCAGAAAGAGAGAGAAAUAUUGUUCAUCCCAAGUAUGCUAAGAGUGCCUGCCUCUCUGAAGGUACCAGAAAAUAUGCAGCCAAGGUACCUUGAGGAUGAAGGUCUGUACACAGGAGUGCGUCCUGCUGUGUCACUGUCAAACCAAAAUAUUGUAGAGAACAGGAUUCUCAAGCAGGAACAGGGGGAAAGGUGGUUUGGAGAUGAUGGCCAGAUUCGGGCUUUGCCCAAUCCAGUUAAACAGUCUCUUACUAGACCUCCAAUAUUCCCAGUCGAGGACGGUAAAGAACCAGAGCUGGUGACAUUUUAUAAAAAGGCCAUAAAAAUGAGGCUGGCUAAUCAGUACAUUGUCGGAUCCGGGGACCCUCAGGGGCAGUUUCAGCUGGAUCUCGAUAUUUCUGGAUUAAUAUUCACGCACCACCCCUGCUUUAGCCGUGAGCAUGUCUUGGCAGCCAAGCUGGCUCAGUUGUCCGAUCAGUACCUAUCAAGGAGACAGAAAAAUAUUACGGAACUUCUUACAGAUAAGCUGCGUGCUCUGAGAAAUGCCUUGGAGAAUAUUUCAGAUCCUGGCGAAGGUGGGAUUCUUAAUCCAGUAGCAAAACAAAGCAGAACUGAAUACAAGAUUGAAAUAAGGCAGACAAGACGACUUUGUGAUGUUGAGCAAGAAAGAGAUAGGACAUUGCUUAAGGCCAUUAUCAAAGUUUGGAAAGAAAUAAAAUCCCUGUGUGAUUUCCAGAAGUUCACUAACACACCCCUGAAGCUCUACCUGAGGAAGGAAGAUGUUGAUCAAAGGUUGGACGAGAAGACAUGUGAAGCAGAAAUUCAGGCUGAAAUAUCUGAGUUAAUAGAAGAAAACAUUGAAGAGUAUGGAAAGAAAAUGGAAGAAUAUAAAACUGAACUUCAAGAGUGGAAAUCUCGGAAGAAGGCACAGAAAAUCAGAAAGAAAAAGAAGAAGAAAACAAGCCAAAAUACAGAUGAUGAUGAAGCAGAAGAAGCAUCCGAGUGUGUGGAAGGGGAACGGAUGAAACCUGUUCAUCCACCGCCCGUAGUUGACAGGUUGGAAGUGGAACAGGAGGUUCGAGAGAGAGCUGCUAAGAUUAGAAGGAAACCAGGAGAAUCCAUUCUAAUUCCUGAGUUGAGCUUGACGGGAAAUAAAUAA